AUGUGGAAACAAAGAUGCGAAUUGCUAUUCACCGGGCCUAUGGCUAAAAUUGACGAGGAAAUCAAGUGUAAACAUUUGUUGUACUGGUCGGGAGAGCAAGGUAUCGAACUGUUCAACAGCUGGGAUCGGUCUGCAGACGAGCAAAAAAAGCUGGACAACUACUGGGAAAGAUUUGAGCACUUCUUGAAACCACACUCGAAUGAGUUAAUAGUAGCGUGGGAGCUUUAUAACCUUCGACAAGGUACUCUCUCUCUUGAGGAAUUUAUUGCGAAACUAAGAAUUCUUGUGAAGGAAGCCAAUUAUCCAGCCGAACACAACGAUCGUUUCCUUAGAGAUUUUCUUGUACUGGGUAUGAAAUCUGACCGUAUACGUAAGGACUGUUUCAAGGUUGGAAAUACUCUCACGUUUAACACAGCUCGCGAGAUGGCCAAGUCAGAAGGGUCAGCAGAAAAACAGCUUCAGAUAAUGAAUACCGAGGUACACUCCAUCAAUGCACCUAAAGGAUACCAAGGCCUCAAAAAUCAGCGACAAAACACUAGUUCAGGCAAAUCCCAGGCUUGCAGGAAUUCCGGCUGGGGUCCUCAUUCCAGAGAUCAGUGCCCAGCGAAAAACGCAACAUGCCAUUAUUGUCAUAAAGUAGGACACCUAGUUAAGGUAUGCCUGUCAAAGUUAAAAAAGAAAGAUGUGCAUGACUUUGAAGCUAUAAGUAAUGGUGCAUGCGAGUCUGUACCAGACCCCAAUGAUCACAUAUUUCUGGGCCCAGUUGGUGUAACACCCUUAACCAGGUGCCCGGCAGGAAAACAGACACCCGUCCUAUGUAAGAUAGACUCUGGUGCAGAAACCAACAUCAUAUCCACAUUCUUGUACAAUCAACUUGCCCCUAAGGUUAUGAAUCUACAGAAACCUACCGCCAAGCUAACAGCAUAUGAAACUAAGUCGGAUAUUCCCCCAGUACAACACCCUCCACGGCAGAUUCCAGUCCACCUGCAAAGUGCCUACCGAGGAGAACUACUACGGCUAACACGGGCAGGCAUUUUAGUAGAAAUACAUGAUGAGUAUACACCAUGGGUCAAUUCAACAGUGGUCAUAAGAAAGCCCAACGGCCCGAUCCGCUUAUGCCUAGACCCUCGUGACCUCAAUAAAGCCAUUCAGCGCACCAUAAAUGAUGUGAUACCCAAGGUCAGUGGCGCCUCCCACUUUAGUAUCCUCGAUGCCCGAAGCGGAUUUUGGCAAGUUGAACUGGACGAUGAAAGCAGCAAACUUUGCACUUUCAGUACUCCAUGGGGCAAAUACAGAUGGAAGAGGCUGCCUUUCAGACUUACCUGCAGCGGAGACGUGUUCCAAGAGAAAAUGGACGAUGUGUUUGGAAACCUCGAUGGCCUGAGUGGUAUAGCAGACGAUACCUUUGUUUACGGCAAGAGCGAAGCAGAGCACGAUCAGCACAUACUGAAUGUCCUUGACACAGCACGGGAGAACAACAUACGAUUCAACCCGGAUAAGUUUCGGUUUAAANCAUAG